AUGGCUACCACGCCUUCAGUCGCCCAGCUUCCCAGUCUCGACAAUUGGACCGAUCGUAAGAUCGCCAUGGUCGUGACUGGGACACUCUUGAUGUUACUAAGUACGUGGAUCGUUGGAUUGCGAUUAUGGAUUCGUUAUUCCAGGAAAGGCAGCGCUUUGGGAAUGGACGAUGCGUUCAUCGCUGUUGGAUGGGUGUUUGGCAUCGUAUUUACUGUUGGCGCUAUCUAUACGACCGCCGACCUUGGAUUUGACAGACAUAUUUGGGAGAGCCCGUAUACUAUCUGGGCUAAAUCAGGCAUGUGGGGAUGGCUUCUCGAGCUGUUCUACAUGAUUACCACCAGUGCCACCAAGUUCUCCAUCUUGCUUUUCUACCGCAGACUCGGCUCUGGUAGCUACAGUAGCAAGAACAUGUAUCCGGUCUGGGCCGCGCUGGCAUACACGGCUCUAUAUGCCGUCGUCUUCAUUAUCAUCGCUUUCCUGUCAUGCGUCCCAUUCGGCACGUAUUGGCAGCGCUAUGAUCCCUCAUUUACUGGGAAAUACACCUGCAUGAACUUCAAAAUUUCUGCACCAGCUUCCGGCGCCUUCAGCACCUUUGGAGACUUCAUCGCGGUUUUGAUCCCAUGGGUCAUGCUCUCCGAUCUUCAAGUCCCAUUGCGACAGAAAAUCGCACUCUAUAUGAUCUUCGCUGUUGGUCUGCUCGUGGUUGGGGCUGGAAUUGCUCGAACGGUGUUCAUCAAUGAACUAGCCGCUGGCAAACUUGACCUGUCCUGGAUUGCGUACAACCUUUUCCAUACUGCCAACGUGGAGGUCCACUUGGCGCUGAUAUGCGCUAGUGCACCCAGUCUCCGCGCCUUGUUCGCGAACUUCUUUCGAAACACCAUGAACAAGCUGUCUCGCCCUACCGGCUCGAAGCUGUCAUCCGCAGCUUCCUGGUCGGCUGGUGGCCGCAAGCGCUCUCACGAUGCUUUAGGCGACGGUAGCAAUAAUACCAUUGGAAGUAAAGGCGGCUUCAAUCCUUUCAACAAGUUUCGGAUGCACUCCGACGUAACGGAGAUAACAUCACAGCAAUCUCGUACGACCAACGGUGGUGUCAGCCUUCCCUCCAUGCGCCUCGAUUCCACAUUAUCCCGCAAGACGUCGAAGAGCAGCUACCACAGCAGGCAGCACUCGCGACCUCCGAAUCCUGCAGAUUUGAACAUAUACCCGACCACCACCAACACCACUGGCCAACUGGGCGAUCCCGGAUUGAGCUGCCCCAAUGCUGCCGCUGGCCAAAUGGCUUUCAUCACCGCCCCGACAUUUUUGGAGACUGGCGACUCCUCCGAAGAGGAAGAACGGCUCCAACCCUCCCUGUCUGUCAUCCGCGAGGAUUCCGGCUCUCCGUGUGCCUGCUGCGGCAUGCAUCAUGAUGCUGCGAGCUAUUUGUCCCAAGCACAUCUCAUGCAACCGUACGAUCCGGACUUCCGAGCGACUUCACCGAAUGGCUCGCGCAGCUGGUACCCCAGCCAAGUCGGUGGCCAGUCGGUGAAUGCGAUAGGUUUCCCUACGCCGCCCCCGGAGGCGCGACGGCAAACGGGUCCGCGUAGGGGAUACGGAUACUCCGCCCAUGUGUCAGCAGGUCCUCGAGACCCCUCACAGCCGCAUGCAGUUUAA